GCAGCUCAUAGACCCACACACAACAGAAACUGUCACUUGCACAGAAAUGGCUCUGCGACUGAACUUGGCAGCAAGCCGUAAUUUCUCCAAAUUAACCUCGUUUAGCAGUACAAGGAAGCUGACUGAAAAUGUGUCAUCUAAACCCAAAACCGCCAGUGGUUCAGAGAUAACGGCUGAUCAUUUACUCUACACACCAGAGCAUUUUGCACUGAAGGAAUCUCUUAAAAAGAUCAUCAACCAGGAUAUCAACCCCUAUGUGGACCAAUGGGAAGCAGAGGGGAUAUUUCCUGCCCACAAAGUCUUCAAGCUCCUUGGAAACGCCGGGUUUCUGGGUGUCAACAAGCCAGUUGAGUAUGGAGGCCUGGGCCUGGACUUCAGCUACAGUAUAGCCGUGUCAGAGGAGCUGGGCAACAUCCGCUGUGGAGGCAUCCCCAUGGCCAUCGGAGUCCAGACUGAUAUGGCCACACCUGCCCUGGCCAGGUUUGGCUCUGAAGAGCUGAAGAAGGAGUUUCUGCUGCCCUCCAUAACGGGAGACAAAGUGGCCUGUCUGGGAGUGAGUGAAGUGGGAGCCGGCUCAGAUGUUGCUACCAUCAAGACGAACGCGGUGCGUAAAGGGGAUGAGUAUGUGGUGAACGGUGGUAAGAUGUGGACCACCAACGGCACCCAGGCUGACUGGAUGUGUCUCCUGGCCAACACCAGUGACGGUCCGUCUCACAAGAACAAGUCCCUCAUCUGUCUGCCUAUGAACACUCCUGGGGUUCACAUCGCCCGCAAGAUCGACAAGAUGGGGAUGUGGUCUUCCGACACGGCCGAGGUCUUCUUCGAUGACGUGCGCGUGCCCUGCAAGAACCUCAUUGGUCAGGAGGGGAUGGGCUUCACUUAUCAAAUGCUUCAGUUCCAGGAAGAGAGACUUUGGGCGUGUGGCAACAUUCUAACCAUGAUGGACAACAUCAUCCAGGAGACCAUUCAGUACACCAGACAGAGGAAGAUCUUCAAGAUGCCUGUUCUCUACCACCAGUCAGUCCACUUCAGACUGGCCGAGCUGGAGACAGAGAUCGAGCUGCUGCGCUCCCUCCUCCAUCGCUCCACAGCUCUGUACAUCAAGGGCAACGAUGUGACUAAGCUGGCAUCCAUGGCUAAGCUGAAGGCAGGCCGUCUGUCCAGGGAGGUGGGGGACAGCUGCCUGCAGUACUGGGGAGGGAUGGGCUAUACCAGCGAUGUCCUGGUCAGCAGGUUUUACAGAGACGCCAGGUUACUGUCCAUUGGAGGAGGCGCUGAUGAGGUCAUGCUGUCGAUCAUCUGCAAGUACAUGGACACCCUACCCAAGCCCCCACCCAAGAAGUGAUGUCACAGUGCCAGUAUUGCUUUGCCGCACAUCAAUCCAGAACAUUGUUCCCUUUCCUUUGCUUAUCUAUAAUGACUGGAUAGGUCGAAGUGAUACCUCUACUUAGUUUCCGCCAUAUUGCUUACACCUAUCCAGUCCAUGAAGGGGAGUGAGCGAGGUCAGAAGGAACCAAACCAUUUUCUGGAAUUUAAUGAACACAUCACCAGAAGUGCAGUUUAAGAUCUUAAUUUAUUCAUCCAUUUAACCACUAUUCAGCCUGUUGCACUUAAUGCAUGUACUACACUACAGGGCUAGCCAGGAAUGUUUUUUUUCUUCAAAUAGGGCCUCCAUGUUUCCAUCCUGGGGAAACAUGCCUAAGAUUUCCUUCCAUAAGAUUCUUCAGUGUAACUUCAGUUCCAUUAAUUUCCUUACGACAAUUGAAAACGUCAGUCCUACAGUAGAUGUGAAUUUGUGUAUUCUUUUCACUGUGAAGUGAAGGAGGGGAUUUGUAAUCAAUGUCUAAGAUCAACUUUUGUCAGUACAGAUUGUCAAAUCUUUGUAGAUAGUCGCAGGAAUGCAAUGAAUAGUAUGUACCGUUGUGUAAAAUAAACUAAAUGCUAUGUACCUCAA